AUGGUCGCCAUGGCCAUCCUCAUGUCUCCGUCUGCCGCUGCCGCUGCCGCCGCCCCCUUGCUCCUCAGCACCUUGCAGGAGUCCCGAUCCCAAAACGUGCCCUAUGACGCCCAUCAAGCCCUUCUGGCCCUCGAGCGCCCCCGUCACGUCCCUGACGAGCCUGUCCACGGCCUGCCCGUCCGUGCCGCUGACCUGCCACGCUCCGUGCACAUCCCAGCCCCCCGGACGCUGCGGCUUCCGUCUGAACACGCCCCGUCUCGUGGUCCACCCGUCUUCGCCUACGUGUCGUCCGUCCAGAGGACUGCCGUGGGAGUCAAACCGGUCUGGCAGAACUUCGACCUCGUCCCCUGA